AUGGUCGAACCAUCUGGCGAACGGGUCGGAUUUCGUCUGAGCAAGAAAUGGAAGAGAUUCGUGAAGCCGUAUGCCCCGUUCAGGAGGGUUUAUAGGACCCCGUCAAAGUGUCCCGAGCACACGGUGCCAUACCUAAACCGAGAACAGCUAAUAAGCACGGGAUACUACCCGAACUCUACGCAAAACAGCGUGCCUGGCCAGAGGUCCUAUCAUGUGUUUCUUUUGGUCAAGGGUACCAUAUUAUUCAGCUCAAUAUUAUACGCCGCUUCUGAAUCCCUGGACGACAUUGUGGAAUUGGGACGGGAUCUCGCGUUCAUAAUAGCGUCGUUUUUCAUAUAUUUCAAGUAUAUAUAUUUCCUGCUGUAUGCCGAUAACGUGGACAAGGUAAUCGAUGGCCUCGAGGAGUGCUACCGUUGGGAGAGAGCGGGCCCGGCUGCUGCAGGAGUUCGAUCGGCAAAGCGCUUGCAUUAUCUGAUUGUCAUCGGAAUGCAAAUAAUUUGGGUGGUUUCCAUGAUCAUUUAUAUAGUGCUAUUAAUUUCGACGCCAUUUUUGACACAACAGGAGUUGCCGUUCCAUGCAGCCCAUUCGUUUUACUUGCACGAUCCUUUGAGGCAUCCGAGAAUACACAUUCUCAUCUACUUAUCACAAUCUUUCGACAUUCUAUACUACCUCACGUGGCUGACCGUUACCGAGUGCAUACUUGUGGAUCGAUGCAAUGAGGUAUUCCACGGUCCUUUAAUCAUGCAAAUGAUCGUCAACUUCUUGCUGGUCUCCCUGUCGGUCUUCGAGGCAAUGAUGGCCAGGCACGACCGCAAGGUGGCAGGCCAGUUCAUACUUCUAAUGAUCUUGGCCUUGGGUCACCUGUCGAUGUGGACGAAAUUCGGGGACAUGAUGUCGCAGGAGUCGCUGGAAGUGGCCGAGGCUGCAUACGAUGCCUGCGACCCAAGUGUUGGGUCCAAGAAAAUCGAUGGCAAUAUUCGCCUUAUAAUGUUGCGUGCCCAGGAACCAUUGAUCAUGAGAGCUACUCCAUUUCCCACUUUUAAUAUGAUUAACUACAAGGCCAUACUCAACCAGUGCUACGGAAUCCUCACGCUUCUGCUGAAUACUUUGGACUAG